AUGUCUGCAAAAUACGAUUUCACCGGGAAAAAGGCGCUUGUGACUGGUGCUAGCAGAGGUAUUGGCUAUGCGAUAGCAACAGCAUUAUCAAAAGCUGGCGCCAAUGUGGUGGCACUCGCUCGAGAUCAAGCUAAACUAGAGGAUUUACGGUCGAAGCACAGUAACAUCUCUAUUAUUGUCGGGGACGUCACAGCAUCAGAAUCCUCAUUGACGACGUUGUUGGCUCCAUAUCAGCCAUUCGAUUUCCUUGUUAAUAAUGCAGGCUGCGGUAUUCUUGAAUCAGCUCAUAGUCUCACGGAGGAAGCAGUAACUAGAAUCCUAGACGUGAAUCUAAAAGCGCCAAUAAUGCUCACGAAAAUCGUAACAGCGGAGAUGGCACGGAAUUCUGUGCGAGGAGCUGUUGUUAAUAUCUCAUCACAAGCGUCUAUGCGACCUUUGCAAGAUCACACGGCAUACUGUGCAAGCAAAGCUGGGCUCGAUAUGGCCACACGAUGUUUUGCAAAAGAGUUAGGACAGUUUGGAAUUCGCGUAAACUGUGUCAACCCCACUGUUGUAAUGACUGACAUGGGAAAGAAGGCUUGGAGUGAUCCUAACAAAUCCGGUCCUCUUCUUUCACAAAUGCCUAUUAGCAGAUUUGCAGGUCCGUUGCAGAUAUUUUUAGCCCAAUACUGUGCAGCUCACCUUUUAGAAGUAGACGAAGUGGUCAAUGCCGUUCUGUAUUUGCUAAGCGAUUCAUCAACGAUGACAACAGGAUUAGCAUUGCCUGUGGACGAAGUAGACGAAGUGGUCAAUGCCGUUCUGUAUUUGCUUAGCGAUUCAUCAACGAUGACAACAGGAUUAGCAUUGCCUGUGGACGGUGGAUUUACGCAGAUGUAG